AUGGCGGUGGCGAUGCUGCGGGCCUGGUGCGGGUGGAUGGGCGUCAGCGCUCGCCGGGGGCUGCUCGUCCUGGGCAUCCCGGAGGACUGCGAUGAAGCUGAGCUCCAAGACUCCCUGGAGGCCGCCCUGGGGCCCUUGGGCCACUUGACCGUGCUGGGCAAAGUAUUUCGGGCGGAGGACGACACCACUGCGGCCCUGGUUGAGCUCGACCGGGAAGUCAACUGUGCCCUGGUCCCCAGGGAAAUCCUGGGCACCAGAGGUCCCUGGAACAUGGUCUUCGUGCCCCGUUGCUCAGGCGCGGAGUCCCUCGGUCACCUGCUCCACUUCCUGGAGCAACAGGGGCAGACGGCGGAGAGCGCGGCAGGCACCCUGGGGCUAGGGCGCAUGUGCCGGCUGCGGUCGGUCGGCCAGGCGGUCCAGCCCUGGGUGGAGAUCUUGUGCUGCCAGCGCCUGGGCCUGUUUUCUGGGAGGGACCAGCCUGCCCCCGGGGAGGGGCCCUUCGAGGCCUGGCUGGCCCACACGGCCAACACACUGCACGUGUGGCAGGUCUCAGAGAGGGAGCGGAGGAGGAGGCUGAGAGGCCUUCGCGGGGCCACCCUGCAGCUGGUGCGCGGGCUCCGGGCGGAGAACCCUGCCAGGACUGCGCGGGACUGCCUGGCCGCCCUGGCCCAGGUGUUUGGAGACGAGUCGCAGGCUGCCCUCCAGCUGAGGUGUCUGACAGCGCGGCAGCAGCCGGGCGAAUGCCUCUCUGCCUUCGUGCUGCGCCUGGAAGUCCUCCUGCGGAAAGGCAUCGAGAAGGGGGCCCUGGCCAGUGCCUCGGUGGACCGAGUGCGCCUGAGGCAGGUGCUCACCGGGGCCAACCUCAUCGAGCCACCUGAGGCAGCGCUGAGGAAGCUGAGGAUGGUGGGGAGGCCUCCGAGUUUUCCGGAGAUGCUGGGGCUCGUUCGGGAGUCUGAAGCAUGGGAGGCCAGUCUGGCCGGGAGCGGGAGAGUGCAGGCAGAGGGAGGGGGCGGCGCCCCGGCCAGCGCCCAGGCAGGUGCCACAGCCAGUGCGAAGGCAGAGGACGACGAGGGCCCAGGAGGCCCUGGCUGCGAGCCAGCGGGUCUCGCCCAGGCAGGGGCCCAGGAGGCCGAGGAGCCCCCAGAGGAGGGUCUCAAGCCCACCCCGGAGGAGUGGGGGCCGGGGCUGGGGCUGGGGGCCCAGCCAUCCCGAGUCCUCCUCGGGAAAAUAGGCUCAGGGGGUCUGGGGAAAGCUCCCAAGAUCUCUGGGGACCAGAGAGGUAGGGUGCCAGUACUCUGCUGGAGGUGCCCCCCUCUCCCAACUCCCGGGACGGGCCCUGCCCGCACGGAGCCCGGGGCCCGCCAGGCAGGGCAGCAGGCGCGCCGAGGGCCCCUCCGGCUGCGAGGGUCGGGCUCGCAGCGCCCCGUCCCCGCCGCCCGCCCAGACGUGCCGCUGCACGCCCAGGGCCCAGAGGCCGCCGUGGGGGAUGGGCGCGGCGUCGUAUCUGUGAUCGUCGCGCGCCACCUGCAGGCCGGCACCGGCACGGCCGCAGGACCAGGAGGCGCGGGAUGCUCUUGGCGCCGGCUGCCAUUUUGCUUGGAGGCGUCGCUUUUCCCGGCAAGCACCGCGACCCGUGCUCGGGCUGCAGGAAAUGGCGGUGCGCGCAGGCGCACACACGCCGAACGCGCGCUAGCCUCCGAGUUCGGGAGCCCACGGUGCGCAUGCGCAGACUCGCCGGGCUUCCGCUAG